AUGGAACAACAGCAACAUCAUAAUUCUUUUUUUGGUAAAUUAUUACUUGGAUUACUUGGAAAAAAAACAUUACCAAAUUCAACAAUCUCAUCACCAUGUUCACCUUCAUUACCAGAAUCAACAAUUCAAUGUGAACCAACAUUUAUAUCAACAUCAACAACAAUAGAUAAUAAUAAAAAUAAUUCAAGUUCCUCUUCUUCACCAAUAUCAUCAUUAAAAAUUAUUAAUAACACUGAAAAUGAAAAUGAAAAUGAAAAUUUAAUUAAUGAAAUAACAAAUACAUCUUUAUUACCAAGUAGUGUUGAAAAAGAUGAAAUCUAUAUUAAAAAAUUAGCAGUUAAAUUUGUUGAUGAUUCAAUUCCAACAGAAUAUGAAAGAAAGAAAGUAUAUAGUAAAUUUAGAAAACAGUUAAAUGAAAACGAUGAUAAAGAAAUGGUAUUUAAUGAAUUUUAUAAUAAAACUAAACAUUUCUAUCAUGAUAACAAUAUAAAAGAAGAUAUUCAAAAUUUAAUUAAAAUAAGGCCAAUUCAAUUUUUAGAAUUAAAAGAAAGAGAAAUUCAAAGAAUUGAAAAUUCAUUAAUCGAUUUCCCACAAUAUAAAGAUAAAUUAUUAAAUUUGGUUGAAAAUAUUUUAAAUCCAUUUGAAAAUGAUUUUUUAAAAAAUAUUGAAGAAAUUUAUCCAAAAUUAUGGUUAUAUAGUAAAACAAAGAAAUUUAUAAUUUCAAAUAAAAUUUAUAUUUAUAAAAAGGUUAAAGAUGAGGCAUUUAAAGAAUUUGGAGAAUAUGUUGAUAAAUUAAUAAUGAUAAAUCAAAAUAGAGAAUUUGAAAAUGAAAAAAUAAAGCAAUUUAAAAAAUCUGGUAAAGAUACAUAUCUAUUACCAAAAAGAAUUAUAAUUGGUGCAGUUUUACCACCAACAAUGAAUAGAAAUCAACAUGAAAAAGAUCAAUUCUUUGUAUUAAUAUUUAUAGUUUAUUUAAUUCAAAAUUCAACAUUAUUUUCAAUUUCAAAAUUAAAUUUUAUAAAUAUAAUUAAAAAUACUAUAAAAUAUUUAUAUAUUGAUAAUGAUGAAGAUUUAAAAGAAUUUAUAAAAAUUAAUAAUGACGAUAAUGAAGAAGAAGAAGAAGAAGAUGAUGAUGAUGAUGAUGAAAAAGAACAUGAAAAAGAAGAUGAUGAUGAUGAUGAUGAGGAUGAUGAUGAAGAAUUAAAUAAUAAUUAUAAAUCAUUAAUUAAAUUAUUAAAAAGUGGUGAUUAUUAUUGUUUAACAGGUACUGGUGUAUCAAUUGGUUUAGCAGAAUCAUAUAUUUCAAUAUUAACAUGGGAAGGUUUAAUUAAUAGUAUAUCAGAGGAAUAUUCAUCAUCAUCAAAUAAUGAAGAUACAUUAUUAAAACAUUUAAAUGAAAUGAUUAGUAAAAAAGAGAUAACAUUAGUUGAAGCAGUUGAUUUAUUAAAUUUAAAUUAUAAUUCAAAAGGUUUAGAUUAUAAAAAAACAGUUUAUAAAAUUUUAAAUAAUGCACAACCAACCAUAUUUUCAAAUCCAUCACAAUCAAUUGCAGAGAUUAUUAGAUCAUUAUCAGUACCAAUUAUAACCACAAAUUACGAUCAUCUAUUGGAAACCUGUUUAAAUAGACAAUCAUUCGAUUCAAUUGGUACAAAUAAACAUGGUAAUAAAUUCAAUGACUUUAAAGAUCAUCGUGAAAAAGUUUACCAUAUUCACGGUUCAAUGGAUAAUAUCGAUGGAAUUUGUUUAUCUAGAGAUGAAUAUACACUAUCAACACCAUUUUUCUUAUCAACUUGUGCACAAUUAAGAAAUAAAUCAUUUUUCAUUCUUGGGUUUGGUUCAGGUUUAACUGAUGAUCAUUGGUUACCAUUUUUAAAACAUUCAUCUGUAAAUCAUUAUUGGAUUUGUUCAAAAGAAUCUUUAAUUAAUAAAGGUACUAGAGAAUUUGCACUUUCUUCAAAUCAAAUUACAAAUGUUAGAAUAGUUGAAUAUUUACGUGAAAAUUCUUCUUCCUAUGUAAAUUUCCUUUGGAAAUUGGUUUUUAACUCAAAUGUUGAACAAAUUACAUUUUCAAAUACUUUAACCAUUAAUCAAAUUUCAAAAUCUUUUAAUUUAACAUUAUCUUGGGAUUCAAUAAAUUCAAAACUUUUACAUCAUAAUUCAACAACUUUAAAUAAUAUUGAUAAUGAUAAUAAUUAUAAAAAUAAUAAUAAUGAAAAUAAUGAUGAUAAACAAUUAUUUUACUAUGAAAAUGUUUUUAUUAAAAAAUUAAAUCAAUCAAUUACAAAUAAUUAUUAUAAAAAAUCUAAAUCAAUUAAAGUUUUAUUUUUUACAAAUGAUAUAAAAUUAAUAAAUUGUAAACCAAUAUUUAUAGCUGGUGGAUUUAAUCAUUGGAAAAAAGAAAAAGUUGAAUUUAUAAAGAAUGAAAAAACAAUGUUUUAUCAAUUCGAAAUUACUUUACCAGUUGGAAAAAAUUUUUAUCAGUUUUCAAUUGAUAAUGACUUAAAAUUAGUUAUUAAUCAACCAACUGGAAAAUAUAUAAUGGAUGAAAAGAAAUCUGAUCAUUAUUUAACUAAAAAUAUAAUUGAUUCCCAAAUGAAUCCAAAUCCAAUAGAAUUAAAAUUUUAA